ACAGUAGAAGGUCACCAGUCCCCACCAACACUCACAGCUGGGUGGACGGUCAGCCUUACUGUCUCCUGGGUGGGCUUCCGUGGAGAUUACGGCUUUAGACAAGAACAAUCUUGGUCCGUUAUGGGUGAGGUGGCGAGGCUCCCGCACGGUGGCGGCUCUCGCCUUCGGAUAAUUUGUUUUGCUGUUCAAGUCGUUGUUCAUCUCGCGGCUUGUGACGGCCAGAGUUUAACGUUACGAAGCAGUUGCGAAAAUCCUAAAGAAUGUUGUAAAUUCGCGCCGUCGACACAAGAGUUCCACGAAUGUUGCCACGAUCAAGGCUGUUGUCCCAUAGAUUGUGACGAUUCUUCUGAAGAGGACUUGACUGAAAGUAACAGUUGCGACGAAGCUUGGUCAUGUUGCAGUUUUCGUCCACAGUCGCAAGAUUUUAAAGAUUGUUGUCAGAAGUUUGGGUGUUGUCCAGCGUGUGGGCAGACCUCUCAAGGUUGUUGCUACAACGGUAAGAUCUAUGGCUGGGGUACAGUAGUGGAAGACUAUCCAGACUUUUGUAUGCAGCUGGUCUGUGCCGCCCAGAAGUCCUCGGUGAGGCUAUUGACGGCUGUAAUUGUUCCAGUUAAACUGCCUCUGUCUUCCUGUCAAGACAAUGUGGGUUGUGAAGAUUCCUUUAAGUACUGGUGUGUGGACGAGACGGGUUUGGUACAGCCUGAAGGAGCCAGCUGGAAGCCAGACUACUGUCAUCACUGCCAGUGUCACAACUCUACUGUACUGUGCCCUCGACCCCCACACGACUACUGUGUUGAGAUUCCCGGCCCUUGUUGCCCUACAUGGAACUGCUCAAUUGGGUGUACUGACGACGGCGGCCAGUACCACGAGCUGGGGAGCUCGUGGUACACGAGUCCCUGCUUGUACCACACGUGCACCACCCGCGGGGUCGUGACCCGGCAAGAGUCGUGUCACUUAACGACGCCCGAACAUGAGAGUUGUGAAGCCUACACUCCAGAGGGAGAGUGCUGCCAACGGUGGCGGUGCAGUGGGUGUACUGACGAGUCUGGUGUGUACUAUGAACUUGGCCACGAGUGGAUUGGGUCGGAUCCCUGUGUUGUAUUGACGUGUACCGAAGGUGGCAUAGAAGAGACGAGAGAGAGCUGUGUAGCCACGGGUCCUCCCCAUGCUGGCUGUCACGGCUACACUCCCGCUGGAGCUUGCUGUCCCAAAUGGAACUGCAGUGGUUGUGUUGAUGACAGCGGUUAUCAUCCGUUGUUUGACAUCUGGAAGAGUGAUCCUUGCAGUACAAGCUUCUGCACGAGGACUGGUAUUCAGACGUCGCUGACGGAGUGCCACCUGACCCCUGCCCCUCACUUCAGCUGCCAGCAGUACACCCAACCUGGAAAAUGUUGUCCUGAAUGGAAUUGUAGUGGGUGUUUUGAUAGUGCCGGAGGCUUCCGUGAUCUGGGCCACGAAUGGAGUACUGGUAAUGCAUGCUAUAUAUUUAAGUGUACUAGAGAAGGAAUUACACUGACACUAGUCCAGUGCCCAGAGAUUAGACCACCUCAUCCUUCCUGCUCACGGUACACACCAGUGGGAGAAUGUUGUCCCAAGUGGAACUGCAGUGCGUGUAUUGACCCUAAUGGUCAACAACAUUCAUUGUAUGAAGUGUGGAAGUCUGACCUCUGCACCACACACUUCUGCACAAGGACUGGUAUCCAGACUACCAGAGAUGCUUGUGACCUUGGGCCGGCGCCCCAUCCUAGCUGUCGGAAGACUGUUCCUGUUGGAGAAUGUUGUCCCGACUGGAUAUGCAGUGGUUGCUUCGACUCUACUGGGCACCACCAUGACAUGAACUCUAAAUGGCGCACCGGAGACCCUUGCCUGAUGUUCGUGUGUACAGAGGAAGGCAUAGUCCUCCAACGCUUGAUCUGUGAAGAGACUUCUCCACUGCAUCCUAGUUGCUAUGCAUAUAAAGCUCCCGGAGAGUGUUGUUCCAAAUGGAAUUGCAGCGGGUGCCUAGAUAUCGCCGGCGUCAAUCACUCGUUGUAUGACGUCUGGAAGACCGAUUCCUGCACCACACACUACUGCACAAGGGAUGGCGUCAAGACCACGCGAGAGACUUGCACCUUGGGUCCAGCCCCACACCCCAGCUGCCAGGCGGUUACUAAGCUUGGGGAAUGUUGUCCCGAAUGGCAAUGCAGUGCGUGUCUUGAUAGUACUGGAAAGUACCACGACUUGGGCAGCAAGUGGAGCAGGGAUGAUGUUUGUGUAGUCUUCUCCUGUACAGAAGCUGGAAUAGUAUUAAGCCAUACAAAGUGUGAAGAGACACUACCGCCCCAUCCUGACUGCUACAAGCACACUGUAAAGGGGGAGUGCUGUCCAAAGUGGAACUGCAGUGGGUGUAUUGACGCGGCGUUGAAAUACCAUCCCUUGCACGACGUAUGGAAGACUGACCAAUGCACGACUCGUGUUUGCUCGAGGCAUGGCAUACAGACUACACGAGAAACCUGUCAACUAGAACCUAUACCUCACCAGAGCUGCAAGAGACAAAUUCCUGUAGGACAAUGUUGUCCUGUUUGGAACUGCAGUGGCUGCUUUGUGAACAAGAAUUAUCACAACAUUGGAGAAGAAUGGCCUGCGAAAAACGCCUGCAUGAUCUACACCUGUACCAAGGAAGGACUGAAGAUUAAUAGUGUAAAGUGUAUAAAAACACCCCCGCCACACCCUACCUGCACUCGGUACACCCCGGAUACAGAGUGCUGCCCCACCUGGAACUGCAGUGGCUGCACGGACGAUGAUGGUAAAUUCCAUCCCUUAAAUGAUGUCUGGAAGACGGACGCCUGCACCACGGAACAUUGUACCAAGACUGGCAUCUUGUCUACUGUUAAAGAAUGCACGUUAGGACCGGCACCAGAUCAAAGCUGUGUAGAAUUAACCAUGCCUGGAGAGUGUUGUCCUCGGUGGAAGUGCAGAGGCUGUUUAGAUAAAGAUGGUAAAUAUCACGAUGUGGGUAAGGACUGGAGCACGGAAGACCCCUGCACACGCCUUCUCUGUACUGAAGGAGGAGUCGUGGUUAACAAUGUAGAGUGCAAGAAGACUCCGGCGCCCCAUCCAGACUGUUACGAAUAUACCCCAGUGGGAGAGUGCUGUCAGAAGUGGAACUGCAGUGGCUGCACAAACUCGAAAGGAAUUUAUUACCCAUUGUACAAAGUUUGGAAAGAGGAUCCCUGCACUACCCACGUGUGCACAGGCUCUGGUAUACAGGUUACCAAGGAGACCUGUGCCCUAGAACCUGCGCCCCAUCCCUCCUGCCAAAGGGUUACGCCGCCAGGGAAGUGCUGUCAAGAGUGGACGUGCAGAGGCUGCUUUGAUGCGACCGGGAACUUCCACGACCUGGGUGAAGAGUGGCGUACAAAAGACCCCUGCACGAGUCUCCUGUGUACAGGAGGAGGAAUUCAACCAAAGUUCCUAACUUGUAUAGAGACGCGGCCACCUCAUCCCGACUGCCUCAGGUUUAUACCUUCUGGAGAGUGUUGUCCGAAGUGGAACUGUAGUGGCUGUACGGAUUCGACUGGAGCAUACCAUCGGUUGUCAGAGGUAUGGACACCUGAUCCCUGUACUACCAUGGUCUGUACAAACGCUGGGAUAAAAACUACAGUAAAGCACUGCUCCUUGGAACCUGCUCUUCACCAAAGCUGCCAGAGGUAUACACCUCCAGGGAUGUGUUGUCCAGAAUGGAAGUGCAGUGGGUGUGUAGAUAACAACGGAACAUACCACGUGUUGUAUAGUGCGUGGAAGACUGAUCCCUGCACCACACACACUUGCACGAGCGCCGGCGUCACCACAACAGAACAACUCUGUCCACCACAGUCUGCGCCUCACCCCGGCUGCCAAAAGGUUACGUCGCCUGGAGAGUGUUGCCCUCGCUGGCAGUGCAGUGGGUGUACAGACAACACUGGAAGGUACCAUCCACUGCACAAAGUGUGGCAGACAGAUCCGUGCACGCUACACAACUGUACAAGUGAUGGCAUAAAGACGAUAGUGAAGGAGUGCCGCGUUGAACCAGCUCCCCACGCCACCUGUCAACGCUACACUCCCCCAGGAGAGUGUUGCCAGGAAUGGCAAUGUCGGGGAUGCAUAGAUUCGAAAGGAGAAUUCUAUGAACUUGGCCAGAAAUGGCGUACGGAAGAUCCCUGCUUACUGCUGGUGUGUAUGGAAGAAGACAUUGCUGAAGAAAGCAUUCAUUGUAUAGACACGCUACCUCCUCAUCCAAGUUGUUCCAAGUCUGUACCACUGGGAGAAUGCUGUCCUCGGUGGAACUGCAGGCGAGUUGACAGUUUUGGUUCCAAAGGUGUCCCAUUAGACAGUGGUUGUGUUGAUGAGGCUGGGUCGUACCACCAGCUAUACAAGGUGUGGAAGACUGACGCCUGCACCACACACUUCUGCACAAGCGCGGGAAUAAAGACUGACGUGGAGACCUGUUACAUAGGUCCUGCCCUCGACCCAAGUUGCCAAAAAUAUAUUGCUCCAGGAGAGUGUUGUCCUGAAUGGGAUUGCAGUGGCUGUACGGAUCUCAACGGUACGUAUCACCAGCUGUACGACAUCUGGAAACCUGACCCGUGCACUACGCAGUCCUGUACACCCGAUGGCAUAGAAUCUACAGUGACGGAUUGUUACUUGGGACCUGCUUUCCACCCCACCUGUCAAGAGUAUAUCCCUCCAGGGGAAUGUUGCCCGGUGUGGCAGUGCAGCGGCUGUACAGAUGAUGACGGGACUUACCAUCCACUACACGAGGUGUGGCAGAGGGACGCCUGCACCACAUACACCUGUACGAUCACUGGCAUACAGACUACAGUGACGGACUGUUACCUGGGACCACCUCUCCACCCGACCUGCCACCAAGUUACUCCUCCAGGGGAAUGUUGUCCAGCGUGGCAGUGCAGUGGGUGUACAGAACAUGAUGGAACGUAUCAUCCACUGCACGACGUUUGGAAGAGUAAUCCCUGCACCACACACGCUUGUACAACCACUGGCAUAAACACUACCCUGGAGAAGUGUAGUCUGGGACCUGCCACCCACGCCGGCUGCCAGAAGGCUACUCCUCCUGGGAAAUGCUGUCCAGAGUGGAACUGCAGUGGUUGUGUAGUCAACGGUACGUACCAUCCCGUUAACCACGUGUGGAAGACCGAUGCCUGCACCUCCCUCAAAUGUUCCAACAAUGUAAUCGUAAUCAUAAAGGAGAAGUGUGCGCUAGGACCGGCUCCCCAUCCUGGUUGUCGGGAACAUUUACCCAAAGGGCAAUGCUGCCCUACAUGGAACUGCAGCAACUGCGUGGAUUACCUUGGAGGUCGCCAUAGUGAUGGAGAGACUUGGCAAGAUCCCCACAACCCUUGCAAGCACUGCACCUGCAGAGGGGCCAGUGUGUCCUGUGCAAUUCAAGACUGUGCCCCACCCCCACCCUGGCCUUGUGACCCUCCGAGGUUCCCCGGCCAGUGCUGUCCAAACUACUGCCAACGUCCCACGGCUACUUCCAUAUUCUCGCCUGGCGACCAUCACGGCUGAGUGUAUUGAUGGCCCAAGGAACGUCUGAAGUAGUUACUGUACUACAGAUAGUGCUUGUGUGGAGGACUGGCAUUAAAGAUCUAGUGAAAGAUGUUCUUGUACACCCCUAAACAAGGGUAAUAGUUUUGAUACACAUUAAGCCAGUCUUGUCAAGAUUACUGUAAAUUGUCUCGGCGCAGUUAAUGUAUUUUCUAGUUGCAGGUCAUUUAAACUGCAUGUACAUAAUUUUAAUUACGGACUUUAA